AUGGGCUCUUCAAUCUCACAUUGCAUUAAUGUUGACUUAGAACCAUUGGAUUCAAUGGAAACAAGCAAAAUAGCCCUUUCUUCUAAUGUUCUCUCUUUGGUACCAGAAUUUAACAGCCACGAUAUUGACAUAAAUGUUACCACGACCGUAUUUGUUGCAAAUCUUCUAGAGAAGGCAGAAAUGAAACUGAGAAAUAAUGAAUAUAUGAAAUAUGUUAGUUGUCUUGAAAGGGCGACACAAUUAGGUUCGGCCAGUGCAGCUGCGAAAUUAGGACUUGUAUACAGUCGAGGUAUCGAUUCCGCCAUUGCGCCAGAUUACGCAUCAGCAGCAUCAUAUUACUUUCUCUCAUUGAAGCUAGUCUUGAUGAUUCCCUAUAAUUCUUGGGAUAUAACACUGUUGCUUGAGGUAGUUGCUGGAUUAACCGAAUUAUAUCAGUCUAAAUUAAACAACGAAAACGACAAAGAUAUUAUUUCCCACGGAGUAAAGUUGAUGCAUAACGUAGACGAUAAAUUGCAAGAUCCAUAUUUUAUCAGAACUUUGACUCACCAAGAAGUACAGAAGCGUAGAGCUAUACGAAUCCACAUGAAUUACUGCUUUGCCUUGAAAGCAAUGACCGCAGGGGAUGUUCUUAGUGCCGCCUUGUCAUUUCAAGAGUGUGAGCUAGUGGGAGAAUGUGGAUAUGAGACAGCAGAUAAUUUAGUAAAACAAUCUCAACUUCAUCUUAAAAUAAUAGAAUCUAGUUUGCCGAGCGUACCUCCAAUUUGCGCUGAAUGCGAGUAUUCUCCAAAGGAUUUAAGAGAUAUCUGGAAACUAAUAACCUGUCCCCAAUGUCGAGAGAAUUUAAAGAAUCCACGAACGUUUAUAGGCGUUUUACGAGUUACAAUUUUUUCCUUGAAUCUUGAAGCAUUAUAA